AUCCAUCGCACAUGUGAACUUGUAAUAAGUACAUACGUACCUCCACCAGUCUCUUUCUCAUCCAACCAAACCCUCCCUCAGAACUUUUUUUUUUGGUCAACCAUCAACGAGACAAGCUUCUUCUUUUUUUUCGCGAUGGCUCCAAAGAAGAAGGCCGAGGGCAAGUCGAAAGACACCGGCGGCGCAAAGGGCGGCAAGGGGAAAGACGACGCCAAAGUGAAAGGCGCUCAGCGCAUCGUCGUCCGUCAUAUUCUGUGUGAGAAGCAAUCCAAGAAAGACGAGGCGCUAGCCGAGAUCAACAAAAACCCAACGCUGGACAACUUCAUCGCUGUGGCGAAGGUGUACAGCGAGGACAAGCCAAGGCAAGGUGGUGCCCUGGGUACCAAACAGAAAGGAGAGCUGCAUGCCGAGUUUGAAAAGGUUGCUUUUGCCCUCCCAGAGAGCAAGGGUAGUAACCUCAACAUGGGAGAGGCUAAGACAGAUUUCGGAUAUCACAUCAUAGUGGUAGAAGGCCGAAAAUAGGACAUAUAUGUAACUGAUGUGGAUGUCUCUUCACAAUCGAGGGACGAAGCAUUCAUUGUAGCAUGAUCUCAUGAUGCGAAUUUUUCCUUGAUUCCGAUGCAGUUAUGAUUCCCCGAAUUUCCAGCUCCAUACAGCUGGAGGAGCUGGUACCUAGAUUACAUGCCAAGGGUCCGUAGAGGAUGGUCUGAAAAUCAUUCCGUCUCA